CGUAGGGCGAUGCGCAAGAUUGCAUUACAAAGCUACUACACCAGGGGUGCAUCGCGGCGACGCACAUCGCACGUGGUUGACCUUGCUGCGUCCACCGCUCUCCCCCAUCCCAUCACCCUCCCGGCGACAUCUUUGACUUCCACGCGAGGGGAGCUUGUUUGUCAGGGAUCCUCCUGCCUGCGGACAGACAUCGACGUGAGCCGAAUGCAUAUCGUAGCGACUCCCCUUCCCGGGUGGAAAGAAGAGAAAAAAGGGACUUUUUAGUGUCGCCUGCAGAAGGAGCUUUGACCUCCCUAAAGAGAAGGAGUGUUUCGACGAGGGUACGAGCGAACUGGUGGUAAUUGGCGGCCCCAUUGGUGAAGUGAACAAGACGAGAUGUUCCUGGAUGAGUCUCGGCAGAAAAAGACUCGGGAGAAGAUCCAGCUGGACGUCAUGAAACCGACUCUCCUAGCUUGUGUGUUGUUAUUGACCUGCAGAGCAGGGGCAGGAGCUGAGCUUUGUGGAACCGAGACAUGCGGCGAGGGAGAGAAAUGUUAUGAAGUCUGUCAGACUCCCCUUUGCACGGGUGGCAUCGACCAGAAAUGUAUCGUCGAGAGCAGACUCUUGAAUAACCAAGCUGCUCAGCAGAAAUGUCCCAACGGUCAGCUGCCAGUCCUGUACCCGGACCGUCUGUGGUUUGUGGGUGUGCACGAGUGUUCCAACGACAGUCAUUGCCCAGCGGGUAGACAGUGCGUGAACAGCGCGUGCUGUCCUCCCUCAGUUCCAGUUCCAGUUGUCCGCGCGGCGUCUCUUGGUGCGUUGAACCCCUUGUGUCCGCCUCUCUGCCGCAUGGGCUGCCGCUACGGAUUUCAGGUGGACGCCAAAGGUUGUCCCAUGUGUGCCUGCCGUCCGGAGCCUUGCGAAAACUACCAAUGUCCCUCAGGUACCAAGUGUAAAGUCAUGGGAGACGUAGACAAGUGUGAUGGCAUUGUAUGCAGCAACCUGUACCCCGCGUGUAUCGAUGCCAAGACAGAAUGUCCUUUGGUAGCCUGUCGCAUGCUGUGCCCCUUCGGUAAGGAACUGGAUGACAACGGGUGCGAGCUGUGCGGGUGCAAGGACGUUUGUCGUCAGGUGGUGUGCCCUACCGGCAAGAAGUGUCAGCCGAAUUAUCCCUCCAGCCAGAACAGUCCCUCCGCGCCUCAGUUCUCCUGUGUUGACAUCAAUCCAAACACGUCCCAGUGCUCACCAAUUACCUGUCGAAAGCACUGUCCUUAUGGUGCCAAGACGGACGAGAGAGGCUGUGAAAUGUGCCAGUGCAACGAUGAGCCCGUGAAUAUAUGUUCCACCAUGGUGUGUCCAGACAAUCAAAAGUGUCAGAUGGUCACCGACAGCACGUGUACAACAGGGUUCUGUCCCAGAUGCGUUGCCCAGUCGAUCAAUCCACUGGCCCUUUGUGCCAGAGUGCUGUGCAGGUUGUUUUGUCCAGAGGGCUUCGAGAAGGACGAGCAAGGCUGUGACACCUGCCAAUGCAAGAAGAAGACGACACCAGCACAGACCUGCACUGAAGUGAGAUGUUCGGCAGGGCAGAUUUGUGCUUUGGUUGAAGACUGCCCAACAUGCGGCCUGAGGCCUGUCUGUUUUGAUUUGCCAGGGACCACACUGUCACCAAACACAGCCACAACAACGACAACAGUGCCAUCUACAACCCCUCCGUUGACCCCCCGUGUCUUACCUGAUACCUCCACUGACUCCUCCAUCUGCAGCCUCCUCAGGUUCUUCCUAACGAAUAGCUCGGACUCCUCGUCCGCGGACAAGCGCCUGGCCGCCAUAUGCAAGCUGUAGCGCCACCUGGCGAGCAUCAGCUACCCAGGUCCUGGCCGGGUACCUGGCGGCCUUUUUGGCCUUUUUGCAGCAGAAGCUCUAGUAGUCUUCGAUACAUAUCUAUAUACUAUGUCAGUAAUGUAGAUUUAUGGCAGUUGGUGGUGAGCGCGACUCAGCUCGCGAUUUUUUUACGUGUUACUCGGUCUGGAAGAACGGUGACAAGCUUUUUUGUAAUUUUUCUUGCUUUUUACUGUAAAACUGUAAACCUCGGGACAUGUUAUGGAAGUGAGUGAAAUGUAAAUUGAGAUACAACUGUUUUCAAUAAAAUAUUUGUCAUUUUUCUUAAGUGGCUGGAUUUUUUGUAAACUCACUCUCGCAUUGACGUUUGUAAAUAAACAAAUCCACACUCACCUAUAAAAAUCACGCAAAUCACACUCUAAGGUAAUGAAGUGCAUACACAGAAAACAUUUACACUACUGUAGUCCUUUGGUUCUUGUCCUUCUCCGAGUGAUUAGUGAUGAAUACUGUUCUGAUCACAUUCUGGUCCAUCAGUCAUAGCAAGGACUGAUGACUCACAUCAUCUUACUCUGAAACUAACUGGUCAUUGGUUACAGUAAGAACUAGUUACAUUCAAAACCGGGUAGACAGGUUAGUCAGUCGUAGGACAGACUAGUUGCCACCAAAUUCCAGUUGCGAAACUUUUGCCUGUGAAUAAUAACUGUAAGUUGUUGUACUCACUUCAUGCCACAUGUAGGUGCUUCAUGUAUUUUGUUGUUAUAGUUUUAUAGGAAGGUUUUUGUACUUUUAUAUGAAGUUUUCAAAUAUUGUAUAUUAUUUAGGAUUACUACACAUUUUCCGCACGUUUUAAGAAUAUAUUUGAAAAUUUGCUAGUGAAAGUAGGUUUUUGUGGGUGAAGCAUGCUUAAAGGUAACAUGAUUUCUGUACACGUCAUGGAAUGUGGCUGACGAACAAUAUUUUCGUAAUAAAAUC